AUGGCCCAAAAGAUCUUAUUAAUGGGCGAGUUGUUCUGGGCAAGACCGGAUGCCGAAGAGCUUCUGGGAGGUAUUGCAGAGCUUGUGCCUAUGAAAUCUCAAUCCCGUGAAGAGUUCUUCAAAGAUUGUGCUCCCGGAGGACGAUACAGCGACAUCGUUGGGAUUUACCAUGAACACCUCUCGGAUAAGAUCGUGGGACCGUCAAAUGACGAGCUCAUAAAUGCUCUACCAUCUACGUGCAAGUGGUUCGCUCAUAAGGGAGCAGGAUAUGAUUCGGUGGGAGUGAAAGCUGCUAAAGCUAGAGGUAUCGGAGUAUCUAACACUCCCGGUGCAGUCGACGAAGCCACCGCAACCACAGCCGUAUUCCUUCUCAUAGCGACGAUGCGUAGAUUCAGCUGGUGCGAAGCAAAUCUGAGGGCUGGUGGAUUUAACCCACCUGGUGUAGAAGAAAGCGCAAGGGAUCUCAGUGGGAAGACAGUCGGUAUACUGGGUAUGGGAGGUAUAGGACUCAAGAUGGCGAAUUACAUUAGACCAUUCGGCUGUAAUCUACUCUACCACAAUCGACGACCUAACUCUCUGGCACCACCCGACGUCAGAUAUGUCUCCGAGCUCUACGACUUCCUCGGACAAUUGGAUGUGCUGAUGGUCAGUAUACCGCUUAGUGAGAAGACCAGAGGAUUUGUGGGCGAAAAGGAGAUUAGAACGAUGAAGAAAGGAAGUAUCAUUGUGAAUACUGCUAGAGGUCCGGUCAUAGAUGAGGAAGCGAUGAUCAAGGCUUUACAGGACGGUCAUCUUGGAUCAGUCGGCUUAGACGUAUUCACCAAAGAACCCGAAGUGGAUCAGCGAUUGAAAGACAUGAAACACAUCACCCUCUUGCCUCACGUCGGUACUGAGAAUCAAGAUGCUAGAAGAAAGAUGGAAAGGACAGCAUUGGUAAACCUAAAGGAAUUCUUGACAACUGGUCAGGGACCGAACUUGGUGCCAGAGUGUCAAUGA